AUGAAUUUGCUUUAUAGUUUGGAUCAACAUGGGAUCAGUUUAAGCACGUUAUAUCGGUUAGUCAAGAAUACAAAGGGACCUAUUGUAUUAGUUGUAAAGGAUGCAGAUGAUAAUGUGUUUGGCGCGUUUUUAAACGAAACUUUAAAAUCAGGAUCUCGUUAUUACGGCACAGGAGAAUGUUUUUUGUGGAAGUGGAGUGAGACGGAAUCCAAAAUCACGACGUACAAAUGGACUGGCAAAAAUGAAUAUAUGAUUCUUUCAGAACCAGAUUUUAUUGCGAUUGGCGGAGGUGAGGGCGUGUUCGGCUUAUGGAUAAACUCAGAGUUAGAAAAGGGCUAUAGUCAGCCUUGUCCCACCUUUGAUAAUGAACGAUUAACGCCUAACCCCGAGUUCGAAUGCGUCGAGUUGGAAGUGUGGGGAUUUCGCAUUUAA